AUGGAAGAAGAGCCGCAGCCGCAGCAGCAGGCCGUCCUGACUGGAAUGAAUGCGAUUUCGGUGUGCGUUAUUUCCAUUUCGGCAUGCCUGCUGCAUUCGAUCACGUACGUCGCCAGUCUGUACAUAUGGAACUACCCGCACGACAGGAAUCACCCCAACAGCAUAAUAAAGCGCUUUAUAAGCGUGUUCAUUAUGUUGUUCAUCUCUCCAGUAUUUUUAUACGUGGCUUUGGAUAAAGCCAUUUUAAAAGAGAAAACAUUUUUAGAAAUAUUGGGCCUUCGCUUAGACGGUCUACUGCAAGCAUUUACGAUGCCUUUAUUUUUAACAAUGAUCCUGUUUCUUGGCCCACUUUACAUGCAAAUGUUAAACGGGCUUUUUAAAGUCUACACAGAACCCAUGCAUUGGAUCAACAAUCUAAAAGAUUUGACGUGGAUCCGUGCACACAUUGUGGCACCGCUCUCCGAAGAAUUCAGCUUUCGAUCAUGCAUGCUACCACUGCUCCUGCAGUGUUUCCGUCCGUUGGCGGCGGUUAUCGUCUGUCCGAUUUUCUUCGGUGCUGCACACUUCCACCACGUGUUGGAGAAUAUCAAAAUGGGCGUUCCGUGGAAACGCGCAGUAUUAGUUUCGUUGUUUCAAUGUAGUUAUACGACAUUGUUUGGUGCGUACUCCGCGUAUUUGUUCUAUCGGACUGGGCACCUGGCGGCGACGUUUAUCACACACGCAUUCUGCAAUCACAUGGGUGUGCCGGACAUCGGAGAAUUAAUGCAGUACCAAUCGAAGCAGAAGGCGUGCGUGACGAUCGUCUUCAUCAUCGGCUUCGUUUCCUGGUGUUAUCUCCUCAAUCCACUCACCGAACCCAAGUGGUACAAGAACGAAAUCUAUUUCAAAUGAUGACAAUGAAUGCUCUCAUCUGUCUUCGAUUAACAAGACUGGAAUGUUACAUUAAUUACCUCACAUACAACCACACACGUUGUUGAUCAUUUUUAACGCAAAUAUAAUACGAACGUGUCUUUUUAUAACUAAA